UAAAAAAGCAGUUAGUUGCUGCAAGAUUUUUGUUGUGUAAAGUUGCAAUUCAUAUUAAAGAAAGCAUGAAGUUCUUAGUUUUCAUCCUAAUGGCACUAGCCAGCACCUUAACGGUCAGCUGUUUGCAGUGCUAUGACUGUGGAUCCCCCAUUGCUGACCUUUUAUCGGCAGUAAAGUGUUUAAAUAGGAACUCGACUUGCGAGGGUGGAAACACAACCUGCAUUUCUAGAACACUCAUAGAUGAAACCAAUCAGACGCUGAUUGCGCGAGGAUGCGCUCCGGCAGAAUGGUGCGCAAACCUACCGAUGAAUAAUUCAGGUUCUUGCAUUGAAUGUAACACCGAUAAUUGUAACGGAGAUGGUUCGACAGUUCCUUCAACUACCACAACCACAACCAGGCCGCCAACUACAACCACCACGGAUAAGCCCGCCGUGACGACGACCAGCCCAAAGGUGCAACCAUCGGUUGGAACUACGACCUCCGUAAAGCCGGCUGUCGAGACGACAACAAUCCCCAAAGCUCAACCAACGAAGACGAAAAACAGUGCCAGCAGUGCUGGAGGCAGCUUGGCAGUGAUGCUAGUGGUGGCAGUAGUUUUGCAAUUUAAGUUAAACUGAAAGACUUAAGAGUUUAAAAGGGAAUAAAAAUUAAGAGUUUUGAAUGCUUACUUUAAUGUAUAACAUUUCAAUACAAGAGUUUUGUGUCAAUUGCUAAAUAUGAACGACAUCAAAUUUGUUUGAAUUUUUGGAAGGAAAAUUCAAAACAAGUUUUUAAAGCAGAUAAUUUUUAUUUUUAUUGUUGUAUUUUAUGUAUUUAUUUAUUUUCAGAAACAGUUUAUGAUUAAAUAAAUUUGAUUGUGCUCCUAAUCAGGCCUGCAAAAUGUUUCCAACCCAGCGUACACAUGAAGCAAACCAAAAUCUCAGUUCACUGCUAGCAUCUCGUCGCCAUCGUGCUAACUUGUCGUACGUGCAUUUUGGGCCAAAUUGAGUUAAGAACGCCAUUUUGUGCAGCUCACAAUGCCUCACCUUUUGACCUUCACAGACCCCCAA